CAUCACCGCUUUAUCUUCUUCUUCGUUGUUGUUGUUGCGGAUCCAGACCCGAUAAGCGAUGAAGAUCCGAAUCCGAUCAGAGGAGACGAAGGAGACGAUGAGGUUCGAGAUCCCCGACCCUUGCUCCUUCUCCGAUCUCAAAACCCUAAUCGCUUCCAAGCUCUCAUCGUCCUCCAAUGGCCUCGCUCCUCAAUCCAUUCGUCUCACCCUCAACCGCAAGGACGAGCUCUCACCUGAUUCCCCCUCGGCCACUCUCCGCUCCCUCGGUAUUACCUCCGGCGAUCUCAUUUUCUUCUCUUUCGAUCCGUCUCUUGUUCUUGAUCCGAUGGGCAUCGAUUCGAAUGAAAAGGUUGUUCCUGUAGCUCCAAUUUCUGGUUCAGUUGAGGAAUUGUUAGGUUCGGAGAAGAAAUUGGAGGAGGGGACGUCUAGUCAAGGUGAAACCCUAGAUGUAGAUGUUGAGGAUGGAAGUGAGUUGUCGGAGGAGGAUGUUGAAACUUUUGUGAUUGAGAAGUCUUCUUCGGUCCCGUGUUUCCUGAAGAGGGUAUUUGAUUUGGAGAAGGGGGUGGCGAAGGGGAAUCUGGGGCUUGUUGUGAUUGCUGUUCAUGCGGUGUUCUUGGAAUCGGGAUUCGUGGCUCUUGAUGGUUCUGGAUUGAAAUUGCCAGGAGGAUGGGCAACUGCGGUUGGUACUAUCUCGGUUUCUUAUACACUUCCUGAACUCAUUGGUUCUGAUGCUGAGAAGGAUGCAAAAGUUGCUGUUUUGAAGUUUUCUUUGAUGGGAACUUAUGUGUCAAUUUACGGGUUCUUGAACGUUGGUGGUUCUGGUGUUCAUCGUGCUUGUUUGGAUGUGUCAAAGCUGCUGCCUUUGUUGUGUUUACCCAUGGAUUCCAUUGGGGAGAUGGAAGAGGAGGUGGUGUUCAAGUUCUGGAAGGGUGUGAAAGAUGGGGUAUCACUGCCUCUCUUGAUUGAUAUUUGUGAUAAGAAUGGACUGCCUCCACCGCCGUGCCUUGCCUGUCUACCGACUGAUCUGAAGAUCAGAAUUUUGGAGCUUCUCCCUGGUGUCGAUUUGGCAAGGGUUGGAUGUGUGAAUUCAGAGAUGCGGUAUCUCACUUCAAAUGAUGAGCUCUGGAGAAAGAAGUUUUUAGAGGAGCUUGGGCCGGUGAAUGAGAAUGGAGGGGUGGUGGCUCGUUGGAGAGAUAAAUAUGCAAUGCACUGGCUGAGGAUGAAGGAGAUUAAAAGGGGAAGGUUGUUUUUGCGACCUCAUUCGUCUUUUCGGAGGUAUAUCCGGUUCAGACCCUUUACAGGCGGAAGGCCUUACCUAAAUGAUGUUGAUGAUUUUGGAUUGGGUCCUAGAUCAGGUUUUCUGCCUCGGCGUAGACGUAAUAUUUCUCUUCAUUGUGACUUUGAUCAGCAUGAUGCAGGUUUCAGAUAUUGAAAGUGUUUCACCAAUGUGUUGCUUUUCUCGUUGCUGGAGGUACUCUUGUGUUUUUAGUCUGUUUGUGCAUAUAGCCAGAAGGUUGCAUGGUGAUUGUCGAGUAGACCUUUAGUCAGUUUUAGUUGGUACUCCACCUUGCAAUCAUUUGUAUUGAAUAAAACAUGUGACUAUAUUUUUAGCAAUAUAUCAAUCGGAUAUUGAUGUUUUGCUUA